CACAUAUAUACUAAAUGAAGGAUAGCUCAGUGUCGGUUAUUUACCUGUGAUUAGUCAUUGAAUACGAGUCGAGAUGGUAUAAAUAGGUGUCUCUCGCCCCAUGAACACACAUUGUUUUGCAAGGACGACAAAAUGAACGCCUUCAUCGGUCUAUGCUUCCUAUUUUAUGGUAGUAUAGUAUUAACAACUGCAUUACCUCUUGAAGAACAGCGACAAAUUGAAGCAAAUGCUGAAACACUAGAAACGUCGGAAACUCAUUGGCCACGUUACGGUGGCGGAUAUGGUGGCGGAUACGGUGGUGGAUUUGGCGGUAUCGGUAUUGGAUUUGUAAAGAUUGGCGGUAUUGGUGGUUUUGGCGGUUACGGUCGUGGAUUUGGUGGUUACAGAGGUGGAUACGGCGGUUAUGGAGGUGGGUGGGGUGGUGGUUAUGGGGGCGGAUGGGGUGGCGGUUAUGGGGGUGGAUGGGGUGGUGGAUUCGGUUACGGAUACGGUGGUUACAGAAGACAUUACUGGGGUUGAAUUAAUAAUAUCUGAAAUAGUAUAGGUUUUCUGUGAUUAAAUUUGUUAAUAAAGUAAUUACUUCUUGUUUGUUUCUUUAACAACCUCUGACAAAACUGAUUAAAUCAUGGACUAUGUUAAUAAUCAGUACUUAUUCUCUGCAUAUUUACUAUAUGCUAUAAGAAUUAUUAUUAUUAUUAGAAUAAGGAGACAAAAAUAAUUAGAACAUUUAUAAAAAAAUAAGGUUCUUUUGAAAGUUUUAAUAAAUAUAGUGGUAUGUACGAAUCAAUGUUUUACAAAUAUACUUAAGUAUAUACGAAAUUUCAACAUUAUUUUGUUUUAUUUUUGUUUUAUAUUUUGCUUUAUCUAUGCAAAAUUAAUUUCUUUUAAAUAGAUAGCAACUAAAAAGUAGGAAUCAGAAAACACAGUUGUACUGUGAUAAUGUGUGCGUCUGUAGUUACGAUUAGUGCGGGAAAAUAGAGUUUGGGUACUGAUGCGUAAUUGAGACGGGAUGAGAUCAGAUCAUAGUGAGAGGGAGGGAGUGUCCAUACUGUAAUUUAAUACUAUUACUUAUACUGUGCCAUAAACAUUUCGUUUGCACUGUUCCGUAUUGAAAACUAAAACACUACUAUUUCGACUAAAGGAAUAAUAAUGUAUGCAGUUGUACCGGUUUGAGUAAAUUUUUCGUCUCAAAACCUAUUACCUAAUAUGCAUCUCAUAUUGGGUUCCGGAUUUCAUAAUCAAUAUUCAAGAAAUCUCAAUACAGUAUUCGAAUUAAAAAUGUAAUCCUUAUUAAACUUUAAAAAAGCAAUAAGAUAAACAUAUUUUUCAGCCGAUUCCAAAAAGAGGAGGUUCUCGGUUAUACAAUAUCUUCGCUUAUUCUAAACCUAUUUUAAGGAUUUUGUUUUUAAUUCCAUAUUAGUUUCAUAGUAAUGUCAUUAAAAUGAGCUCGUAUUUUCUUUACGAAUGUCAAAUCUUGUCAAUAUAGAUCCCAUUUUACAAUUGAAUUUCAACCAAUAGGUUACACAGUCAUGCUAAGAGUGCCUUGGAAAAGGCCUAUGUCCAGCAGUGGACUGCAUUAGGCGAAUUGUAAUGAUAAUUACACUGUCAAAAAUGAAUGAAUAGAUUAUGAAUUUACUAAACUAUUUAGUAAUGCACUUUCAAUUUCAGUAAAAUGUAUUUUUUCAAUUCAAUUCUAUUUAUUUAUUACAUUCUACAAUAUUAUUAUGAAGGAUUGAUAAAGUACAUUAUAAACCUUGUCGGGCACAGCAAUUAGAAGCAAGAAGGGCAUCGAUCCUUAAAUUUUCAUAAAGAUUUCUUUAAUUAAAUAAUUCAAUUUCAAAUUCAUCAAUGUAAUUAAAUUCCAAAUAAAUUUAAUGAUUUUAACGAUUUUUUUAUUUUCAUAUGUUUUAUUUUAAUUUAAUGCAAUUUAAUGUAGUUGUUCAUAUGUAUAUAGUUAUAUACGUAUAGUUUUAGUUAAGCUUAUCUUUGUAUUACCCUAUGAUCCUAAAUAUAAGUCUACUAUAAUAUUUGAUACUGCACCUACCGCUUAUAAUAGAUAAACAUUACAAACAUUCUCUUUAGUAGAUAGUAAGUAAGUAAACUUCCCAAUAGGGGGAGAGCUAGCUUCACCAGUGGACAGUUAACGGCUGAUACAACGAUGAAGUAUGUAAAGAUUAUCCCGUUUCCAUACUCAUAAGGUUUCUGAUAUAUAUAAUGCCAAUAUAGAGAACCCUCCUUGCAUAACUAAUCAAUUCAAAUAAUUCAUGUUUUAUUAGUUAAACAAAUAAUAAAUGUGUACAUAUUAUCGAUGAGUACGUACAAAGGAAAAACCAAUAAGAUAUAUUUACGCUGCUCAAAGAUGAUAAUAUGACUAUACCUAAUCUAUAUUGAUAUUAUUUUAGAGGUUAUGGUCGAUCUGCAGUUUAUAAAAAUUAUAUAGGUAUACCUGUUUAUUGUGUAAUAGAAACGUCUUGGUGACAGCAAUAUAAUCGAAAAAAGAAUAAUAAAGAAAUUCUAUCAACAUGUGAAA